AUGUCUGAAGAAAAAAGUAUUCCUUUGGGGGUACCCAAUGACCUACCAAAUGUAGGAAGCACCUCGUGGUUGGAUGGUCAGAAUUACUUACAAUGGAGCCAAUUUAUUUUAAGGAUUCUCAAGAGUCGUUCAAAACUUGAUCAUAUACAUGGAGGAGGACCAGCGCAAGACGACAACAUUUUUUCAAUUUGGGACAAGGAAGAUUCAUUAAUUAUGACUUGGAUGUGGCAAUCCAUGGCUCCUAAGAUAAGGAAAAAUUAUAUGUUUCAUUCUUCUGCAAAAGAAAUAUGGGAUGAUUUACAGAGUACGUUUUCUUUAAAAAAGAAUCUUGCUGCUACCUAUGAUAUCAAGAACAGGAUAUUUAAUACAAAACAGGGCUCUCUUCCCGUAUCAGAAUAUCACGGGAUCCUGAAUGGUCUUUGGAUGGAACUCGAUCAGAUCCAAACAAUGAAGAUGUGUAAAACAGAUGCUGCCACUCUUGUUGAAUUCAUUGAAGGGGGAAAAAUUAAAUUAUUUCUCCAGGGCCUUAAUCAUGAGUACGACCCAAUCCGGGUUCAAAUCUUUGGAAGAGAAAAAUUACCACCCUUGUCAAAAGCUUUUUUUAUGGUAAGAGGAGAAGAAACUCAGAGAUUUGUCAUGUUCAUGGAGGGAUCUCCAACACAGGCUCUGCCAUUACAAUUGGAAAGGGAGUCCACAAGGGAACAAAUGCUGGGGGGAAAACGUUUGAAAGAGGUACUCAUGGGACUAUUGUUCAUACUGUAA